AUGGCCAACGUGCACAGAUUGGGUGACUACCAAAACAAUAAUAAUUAAAAUAAUUAAUACGGAAGACCAUAGUUCCAGGGACAACAAAGAGCUAACAAUGCCUUCUAAAAUUAACCAUUACUUGGUGGAGGACCAAAUAAUCAACAGUUUGUGGAUCCAAGAAGAGAAUCAUUCUUUGACAUGCUCAAGUUUACAUUCUGUCCAACAUUUACAAUCUUUUCCUUUAUCUUUUUCAUAACCCUUAUUGAUGUUCUCGUCUAUAUCACAACACUGAUUGCAAAUACAGCGAAGAGUUACCCACUAGAUGAUAGCAAUUUCUUAGGGCCUAGCAUAAUUACACUCAAUACAUUUGGUUCAAAUAAUCCUUGGUAAAUGAGGUACAAGUAUCAAGUAUGGAGAUAUAUCACACCUAUAUUCUUACAUGCAGGAUUCAUGCACAUUUUCUCAAACAUGCUAAGUCAAAUGAUUAUUGGGUUUAUGCUUGAAAGUGUAAUGGGACCAUUCAGAGUUGGACUUGUUUAUAUUGCCAGCGGCUUCUACCUCUAUCUUUGGUCUUCUUGCUUGCCUAGUAAAAUUAUUAAAAAUAUCUUAAACAUUUAGCUUUCACUUGUCUUUGUUAACUGGAAAGCACUCGACAGAUCUCCAGAGAGCUAGGAAAACACAGUUGAUGUAUUUGGACAUUUAGGAGGAUUUAUCUCAGGAUUUUUCUUUGGAUCAUUGAUUAUGAUUCAUAUGAGAGGAUAAGAAGCUCGCCAGAGAAAUAGUUAUGAGAAGAUCUGCCAGAUGAUAGGAGGAGCUGGUGUUGUGAUAUUCUUUAUUAUUUGCUUCUCAGUCUUCUACACUAGCUUAAAAAUAUUAAUGACAUCUUCUGCACUUUCAAAGAAAAGAGGAAUUAGUUUUGCAGAGAGACCAAUUAUCUUGAAUAUCAAUGAACUUUAAGCUAAUGGUGAUUUUGAAAUAGACGAGGAGUACCAAGCUGAAAUUUAGAAUGCUCUGGCUAAAGAACAACAGAACAAAUUAAAUGAUAGUCUUUCAGGUCCUAAAUCAAUUCUUAAAAAAUAGCCUGGACAGAUGUCCCCAUAAUAAUCUAAGUCGUAGAGUGUUAAGUUACCGAUGCCAUAAACAUUAGGAUAAAGUGCAAGUACUAGUCUGCUAGAAAAACCACUUCCAUCUCUCACCAACAAUAGAGGAAGAGGUAAUAACUAUAGCAACAUUCAGUAGAGAAUUUAGUAAGUAAUCGCAGAAUCGAAAAACGGAGCUCAAAAAAUAAGAGGUGAGGGUAUAAAUGAUCUGAUCAAAAUUGAGUAACUUGAGAAGAAAGAAAUUGAGAAGAUUAACUUUUAAAAGUAUCAGGUCAAAGAAGAGGAAAAGUACGACCCAACUGCUCAUUAGAUGUAAUCAUAUUCAUUACAAAUGAAAGAUCCUUAGAAAGGGCAAUACAGUGAUUCUGAUCUCUAAAAUUAAAAUGAUGUCAAAGUAUCAAACAAAAUUUAGUUGUCUAAAAUACAACUGAAAUCUAAAAAAGACUUAAAUAUUCCAAAUACCCUUCCAAUUUAGCCUAUUAAGAAAUCUUCACCUUCAGGAUACUAAGAAAAUAAUAAGAAUGUCGAUAAAACUAGGUAUGAUGAUAAUGAACUAUUGAAUAAGUCUGGAGAAAGUCUAAUCCAAAAUUAGAAUUUCGUGCCACCACCUUUAAAAUAAACACCAUAAUUAGAUGAGAGAUAAAACACAGCUGGUUCUAAUAACAAUUCUAUGAAUGCUUCUGAUUAAUCCAGGAGAGGAAAUUAAAAUUAUAAGCCUUAAAAUUAUCAAGUUGUGACAGCUGAUAAACUACCGGACUAUUUGCUUGAAAGAGACUAGGAAAUAGAUAAUUUAGAGAAGGAAAUUCAAGCCUAAAGAAUGAACUAAAGAUACAAUGCAAUAAAUAAUUAAAAUGAGAAUGUGAGUCUUAAAGAGGUAGCCUCAAGCAAUAAACUAAAUAUUAAACCUGAGAAUAUAAUAUCUGCAGCUGCAGAAACUAAUAAAAAGAGCUUCAAAGAAAAAUAAAAGCAGUUACUCUAAUCUCUUUAACAAAAUAUGCAAAUUCUAAAUAACUUUGUAACAAUGUUUACUUCCUAGGCACAGCAAGAAACUUAGCUCUAAAAGCAUUCAGAUGAGUUAGAGAAGAAAAAGUAAGAGGACUAGCCAUUGUUUGAAAAUCCAAAGGAGUCUGUUUAAAGUUUUACAGAGAGCAUCAUAGUCUAAAAUUCAGUUUUGUAUAGCUCUAAUAAAAAUGCCAGUGAAGUUGGAGUUUAUGGAGAUAUUGAGGAGCUUAACAAACUUAAGAGAAAACAUCAAAAUAUGAUAAAGGAUGAGUAAUCUGAUGAGUCUUGCAUCAUUUUAAAUGAGUAUUUGCUUUUGAAAUACAACUUUAAAAAUAAAUGGGUGUAGUAAUUGGAUAUCAGCUCAUAUCUCUUUAGCAAAUUUCCAUCAAUAUGUGAUUUAAGAAAUGGAUAGGUCUGUAUAACUGGUGGUUUAAAAUUUGAUGACUCUGGAUAUGUAAAUGAUGCUUUACUAUUCGACACUAGGACAAUAUAGAUAGAAUAGUUAGAGAGAAUGGAAGUUGCACGAUUCAAGCAUUAGUUAAUAGAAUGUGAGGGAUCAAUUUUUGCAAUUGGAGGUAUUAGCAAUCGUGCAAACAUUCCAAUUAAAAUAGUUGAAGCUUUUGAUGUUAAAUUGAGCUAAGAAUGGAGGAGAUGCACCUCGAUGUUUCUUGAAAGAAGUGAAUUCUUUGCUUGCUCACACCCAGGCUCUCAUUUUAUAUAUGUCUAUGGAGGAACAGUAAAGUAGGAAGAUAGAUAUGCAAUUGAAAGAUACAAUUCAAAGGAUGACAAAUGGGAGGUAAUGGAUAUAAAGCUUAAUGAAACUUUUCCCUAUAUUGAUAUUUUCAAUACUCAUAGUCUCCUACUAGUAAAUAAAAGAGAUGUAAAUGAGACUGGACUAAAACAGAUUCACUAGGAAAAAGUAGGUCUUACUCUUGAGGAAGAACUAAUAUAGAAAAUGCUAGAUGCUAAUGAGAACAACAAAGUUACACCGAAAAUAAAUGAAUAAAUAGAGAAGGAAUACAGAAAAGAUCCAAGUUCUUCCCAAUUAAAAACAAGGAUAAAGAAAGAUGAUUCCACAAGAGAAGAAAAAAGUGCUACAAAAGAAGAUUUUACUGAAAUGUCAAAUACUAUAUCUCUUGUUGAGAAUUAAGCCGCAAAAAUAAGCAAGAAUUCAAGGCUUAAAAUGAAAGUGAAUUUGAACAGAGCAAAAGAGAAUACUGAGAAAAGAUUAAGAUUAGGUUCAUCAUAAUCUGUUCCCUAGCUAUCAAUUACUGACUCAGUAACUCUACCAUCGAUUAGAGACCUUAAAGCUCAAUAGACAUAGAUAACUGAUCUUUUUUCAGAGAGUGUUCAGUCAAUCAAAAAUUUUAAUUCUGUUCCAAGCGAGAAAGACAUGUUUUAACUUAAAAAGAAUAGAUUAAGCCCAGAUGAGCUACUCUACUUAAAUUUCAAAUCAGGUGUAUUGCAGAUUUAAAAAGUAUACCUUGAUGGGGCAGGUAUUAACCCCUAAGUUAUCAAACUUGAUAUGAAAUCUAAAGACUCAGUUUCUCAUGUGAGUCUGUGCUAAUCUCAAGGCUAUAUAUUCAUUCUUAGGAAGCAUGACCCUUAUCUAAUAGAAUCAAUUAAUAUGUCAUUGAACAAUAGCUUAUCAGAGAAAUAUCCUUCCCGUGAAGAAUAUCAGGCAUCACUUAACCAAAGGGAGAUAGAUAAGGAAGAAUUUAAAAAGAUAUAUGUUGAGCUUAAGUAAAAGCAGAUUGAGGAUACUGAAGCUACCAGAGGGGGUCCAGUUCCUCAAGGAUAUUAGGGAUCGCUAAAUAAUUCUGUUGCUGAUCCUUAUUUUGAGGAGGAGCAGGUAAUAGUACCAACUACUCCUGAUAAAUCUAAAAAUUCUAAGAAAAAGAAUGUAAAGGACACUAAUAAAUCUAUGAAAGUUAAGGAUGAAAAGUAUUUAGAGAAGAUCUAAAAUAAUCAUAAAUUAGCAUAAUCUUAAAUCGUUUAGGACAAGAAUAAAACUUUGACUAAAAAAUCCACUGUUUAGACUCCAUUAAAAGAUAAUAGAACAAAAACUCCUGUUAAAUAGGAACAGCCAAAAAGUUAACCACAAGGAAAAUCUAUCCUUAAAAAAGAUGGAUCUGCAAGCAAAAUAAAAAAAAGAGUACAGAUCUGA